GGAAAAUAUUACUACAAUAUUGAAAAGUUGAACACGAAACAUUUAGAAAUAGAAACAGAAGCAGGUCAGGAAGAUAAAUGUGAAAUAGGCGAAUGUAAAUAACAUUUCGAGGAAACAAAAAUUAUGGAAUUAUGGAAUAUGAAACAAAACUGGACGGAAAAGAGAAAUUAAAAUGAAAAGAUGAAAUAAACGUCCUCCGUUUGGUAGGUGGCGGUAUGAAGCGGGAGUCUCCAAGACGAGCGGAAACCCGCCAAAAAGCGUAGAAGAAGAAGAAGACAGUUUCGCGGGAGUUAUUAAAAACGCGCGUCUGUUUUCACUUCAUUUUAGAAAUCGAGUGUAAAGUUUAGCGAAAGAAAAUGUCCAGCACCGCGGCGAACGGCCACACGACAGAAAACAGGACGGGAGAUGCGGGGAGGAGCGGCUUGUCUCCGUUUUGCGACGAGCGCGGGUACCUGAGACUGGUCGAGUUCAUCCUGCGGAGCGGCGCGAGGAAGGGCGACCGAACCGGAACCGGCGUGAUCUCCGUGUUCGGGACUCAGGCCAGAUACAGCCUCCGAGAUCAGUUCCCUCUGCUGACGACCAAAAGGGUUUUCUGGAAAGGCAUACUGGAGGAGCUGCUGUGGUUUAUCAAGGGUUCAACAAACGCCAAAGAGCUGUCGGAGAAGGGCGUGAGAAUCUGGGACGCGAACGGCUCCAGGGACUUCCUGGAUAAGAGCGGUUUCAGCGAGCGGGAGGAAGGAGAUCUGGGUCCGGUGUACGGCUUCCAGUGGAGGCACUUCGGAGCUGAAUACAAAGACAUGCGCACCGAUUACUCUGGGCAAGGUGUGGACCAGCUCCAGAAAGUGAUCGACACCAUCAAGUCGAACCCAGAGGACCGGAGGAUCAUCAUGUGCGCGUGGAACCCCAAAGAUCUCCCCCUGAUGGCGCUGCCCCCGUGUCACGCUCUCUGUCAGUUCUUCGUGUCGGACGGCGAGCUGUCGUGUCAGCUCUACCAGCGCUCGGGGGACAUCGGCCUGGGCGUGCCCUUCAACAUCGCCAGCUACGCUCUCCUGACCUACAUGAUCGCCCACGUCACCGGACUCAAGCCUGGGGAUUUUGUGCACACGUUAGGUGACGCCCACAUCUACACCAAUCACAUCGAGCCUUUGAAAGAGCAGAUUCAGCGAGAGCCGCGUCCGUUUCCCAAACUCAGGAUCAAACGCAGCGUUGAGCGAAUCGAUGAUUUCCGGGCAGAGGAUUUUGAGAUCUACGACUAUGAUCCCCAUCCUGCAAUCAAAAUGCAAAUGGCUGUUUAAAAAUAAAUAAAAUGUUCGUAUUAAUAUGCAAGUGAUUUUUAUGUUAAUAUCUGACAAUGAUUUUAAUAAAAACCCUGUCAUGUUAGACAGUACUUAAGCUGUUUUUGUUUAAAAAAUAAAGCGAUUAUUAAUUGUGA